AUGCCGGUUCAUCGUCCAUGUCGACCAAUGGCUACAACAUCAAAUGCUCGAAAAUCAAUCGGAUUUUCAAUAAAUGAUAUUAUUAAAAAUGAUGAUACAUCAAAACAUUCUCCUCGACAUAAUCUUCCAACAAUACCAUCGUAUUUACCUCCAACAUCAUGGUUACCACCACCAACUAAUAUAGAUCCUAUUGUUCAAUAUCAACUUCAAUAUCUUCGAAAUGGUGGUCGAUUAUUUGAUGGAAGAUUUACUAGUCCAGAAGCAGCUGCAGCACUUAUACUUCAUUCAUUUCGUAAACCCAAACGUGUACGUACAGCAUUUACGCCAGCUCAAUUACUUAAACUUGAAAAUGCAUUUGAAAAAAAUCAUUAUGUUGUUGGACAAGAACGUAAAGAAUUAGCACGACAUUUAAAUUUAACUGAAACUCAAGUUAAAGUAUGGUAUCAAAAUCGUCGUACUAAACAUAAACGUUUAAAAUCUGAAGAUGGAAAUAAUAGUUCAAAUGAUAUAAAUGAUGAUGAACAACAAGAUGAAUCAAAUGAACAUGAACAUAAUCAACAAAAUCAAUCGGAUACAUCUGAUAUAACUAAUAAAAACGAUGAUGAACAUUCAUGGGAUAAUAAUAAUCAACAUUAUCAAUUUAUUUCUCAAUCAUCUACACCACGUUCAUCGGGUUCCGAUCGAUAUUAUUUACAUCUUGCUGCAGCUGCUGCUGCUGUUGCUGUAAAAAAUGAAUCAUCAGAUGAUCAUCGAUAA